GUUCGUAUCAAGGGGAAUGUUGUUAUAUGGUUACAGUUGUGUUCGUCUUGGAAUUUUAUCCUGUAAAAUUGACUGAUAUAUUUGAACAAAUAUGCCAGUCGGUAAGGUGAUGGCAAGUGUUCAUGAAGCUGUGAGGAAUGGUGAUGUCUUAGAGCUUGAGAAUAUGGUGAAGAGAGGAGCCAGCAUCAAUGAAGUCGAUCAGAAGGACAAGUUCACUCCUCUUCAUUGGGCUUGUCAUAGUGGAGCACUCGAGUGUCUUCAUUGGUUGCUAUGGCAUGGAGCUGACCCAACGACUGCCACACCCCAGGGCUGGACACCUGCCCAUGUAGCGGCUAUUAGAGGUCAAGAUCAAUGCAUCCAGGCGCUGACCACUAAUGGGGUCAGCAUGACUGCUCGCGACCUGCGAGGUAACACCCCAGCUCAUCUCGCAGCUGCUCACGGCAAUUCGUAUACAUUAAGCUCCAUACUUAGAGCAGGAACGGAUGUUGAAGGAAAGAACCUAACCACAUGGACAGCUACACACAUAGCAGCAUUCCAUGGACGUCUGGGUUGCCUUCAGUUGCUUGUCAAGUGGGGCGCGAGAACGGAUGAAACAGAUGGCAAUGGAAACAUUCCUGCACACCUAGCAGCCCAAGAGGGUCAUCUGCCCUGCCUGAAGUUCCUGGUGAGCAGUGGGUCAUCCAUCAGCGAUACACUGGGUGCACGCAACGAUAACGGUGACACGCCCAAGACCCUUGCAUCUCAAUACUACAAACAACACUGUGUGGAUUACAUCAAUGCAGUCGAAUGGGAACGAGACCAUCCAGAGGACCAAGAAAAUCUAGCGUUCCCUGCUCAUAUGUCUGCUGCUACUGGUGACCUGGGUCAUCUCAGAUUACUCAUAGAACAGGGAGUGGUCAACAUCAAUGAAAAAGAUGAUAAAGGAUCAACCCCAGCACACAGAGCGGCUGGUAACGGUAAACUAGAAUGUCUCCAGUGGCUUGUAGAGAUGGGAGCAAAUAUUCAUGUUCAGAACAAUGCAGGGGAGACUCCUAUGGAUGUAGCGCAUCGAUUCGCUCAGUUGGCUUGCGUCAAGCUUCUCAAGGGGGAUGAUUCAGAUUCUGAUAUUGAGGUUGUGGGUGGGUAUUCUGAUCCUGAGGAAAGACAAGACAGGCUCCUUCAGAAGUCUACCGAUCACGGCCUAGAAGGAGAGAGUAUCGUGCUGUCCCCAAGACAGAAAGAAGAGGCUAGAGGCCGAGCUAUUAAGAGGGUUGAAGAGCUUGAAAGACUUCUUGGCAUCGCUAAGACUAAUUUCCAUCAGCUGGGAGGAAGACUAGAUGAAGAUAGAGAGCAACAAAGAAGGGAGAGAGAAAGUGAUAGGAUGUUAAAGGAGUUAGAAUCCCAGUUGGAGUAUGAGAGGCUGAGGAGGGAGAAACUAGAAUCUCAGCUGGACGAAUGCAGAGCAGAGAUACAACAUCUGAAUACCAUGUUAGAAAGAGCUUCAAAUGUAGCUUAUAGUGAAGAAGAAGCCAAACCAAAGAAGACAAAGAAGAAGAAGAAACGACCGGUGUCAGCAGGGAGCGGAGGGGUGUUUGUGAAACGGACCAUCUCCAAACCGCCACAAAAUCUAGAUCUCUUCUGAGCCCGACUCGCACCAAAUCAGUCUGAGGUCUAGACAUGUGCCCUGUUUCACACAAAGUGGUAAAAUCAGUCAAAGAUUGAUUGUAUGGUAGAUCCAACAAUUGAUCAACCAUUCAAUCAAACAAAUCAAUUGUAACUCUGUAAUACAUGGUUUGAUUAUGUUAUAUACCCCAAUUCGUAUCGGUCACAAAUCACCUGGGCCAUGUUAUGUAAGUAUCUAAACAUGUGUUUCUUGACCUCGAUGGUUCCGAAAAAAGCUAAACCGGAAUUACAUACGCAGUGUGACUAUUCCAGCAAACUCUGCGGCUCGCCAGCGUAUGCAAUCAUUUUUAUUCUCUUCAAUAGUUUUCUUAAUUCUGGGUCGAUUUUCUUUGUUCGAAAUUAAAAUGAAUUAACAUUGGAUUUCAAAAUACAAAAUGCCUUGAAAACUUGAUUAUAUACAUAUAUCAAUACAAUAAUUUCAUUCAGAAUGGCCUACUACGGGCAGAGCUGCUCUUACGUAAUAUCACAGCUGCUGUUUAUCGUCUAACCCUGGCUCAAUGCUCAGGCUUGCCUGUGGAGGUGAAAUUGUACAUAAGAGGGAUUAAAUUGGUCAUGGGGGGUUGAAAUAGCUUCGAAAUCAAAUAUCUUGGAUCCUCUAACAAGGUUUUUGUUAGUGUGGUAUAAAAGCGCAGUUCAGGGUCCGAACUGUGGUCGUCUCCCCAACGAAGGUUUGACAUAAUGGGGCCAACCAUUGAAAAUUAAAUGGUAAUGUUUCUAUCUAACCCAUCUUGACGCCCUAGAUCUCAAGAAAGCUUACGACACACCAUAUACAAUGGAAUAAUUCCUUGUAGAAAUUUUGCGAACUACACGUAUGUGUCUGUAGAUAAACAAAGGCCCAAAUUAAUCAAGGAUGUCUAACUAGAAGGGGGCUACAAAACAAUGGACUAUACAGAUUUGAUGUAUAAUUUUCAAUGCAUACACUGACAAAUUUUCAGAGAUGAAUAUGCGUUUUUUUUUGUUCAAAGGACAUUAAAUUAAGCGCAGUUGUGAAAUAUCUACAUAAUUUCUGGUUUUAUACCCCCUCUUAAUUUCAUUCAGCCUUUGUGAAUUGGGGCCAAUAUUAUGUCUCUAUAUUUUGUAUAUAUCAUGCUAUUUACAAUUCAGAAUAAUAAAUAUAUUUAUUAUAUUGUACAUUGAUGUGAAAUUUAUUUUAAAUAUUUUAUCGGACCUUGAUAGUGCAGGGGCUGGUUACAGAAAUAGUUGCAAUCAAACUUCCAAAAAGUCAAUCGCAACUUUAAUUUGAACCAAUGAAAUACAUGUAUUAUAUGGACUUGCGCUUGAUUUUUUUAGUUAAUUUAAACACAAUUAUUACUGCAACGACCCCCUGUAGAGUAUAUUGUGUAAAUGUAUAGAAUCAUGGCUGAUCUUAUUGUCUAUCAUUUUGUGAAAUAAGAAUAAACGUUCAUUAGAGAAUGAGAAACAAUGUAGAAAAAGAAGUCAUUUUCAGAUUUACAUGUUAUUCAAAAUAAGGGAAGAGCAAUUGUUAUACAUGUACUUUUUACAUAUUUGACCAUGCCUGUGUCAUCUUACAAUGAAUGUAUUUUGAUAUUCUGAUAUUUCUUAUUUGAUAUUUCUGUAAUGAACGGUAAUAGUUAAUAUGCUUUAGUGCAAUUCGCUUUCCCAGCCCUAUGUCUUGUUUCAUGAAGACUUGUAAUAUAACAGUUUCUAUCAGCCAAUCAGAUUGGAGGAUUUCAGUAGCUUUUAACUGUUGUUAGAAAUGUUUUAUGAAAUGGGGCCCUGGCUGAGGUAUUUAAGUUGGUAUUAUGCUAACUUUGCCAUUGAAUGGUGACUUACAUGGAAUCCAGGAGUUUGAUUGGGUGUUGAGCAUUGUUACCAUGGUAAUUACCGUUGGAAGGCAAAUGUUACAAUCAUAGUAACUUAUAUGCAAUGGGUCUGUGUUGUGGUUUUUUAUACACUGCUAUGUGAAAUGAUGUGACUUUCUGAAUAUUCUUCAAGUGGAUUUUUGUUUCUCUUCAGAAUAUUAGAAUGUAUUUUCAUGCAAAAAACAAAAACAAAUAAAAAAAAGCAGUACUGUAUGAAUAAAAGCAAAGGAGAUGGCUUUUAUAUUCACUGUCUUGUUUUGUUACGUUUACCAGGUAGUUAUAAAAGAUGGAUUUGAACUUUUUCAAUUUAUGC